AUGCUUGACUCAGGGAUGAGCACAGGCAGAGUCAACGCAUACAGCAUAGUAUCCUCUGAGGAAGACGGGCUGAGGUUGACCACCAUGCCAGGAGUCAACGGCUUUGGGAACGGUAAGAUCCACACCAGGAGGAAAUGCCGAAACAGGUUCGUGAAGAAGAAUGGCCAAUGCAAUGUUGAGUUCACCAACAUGGAUGACAAGCCUCAAAGAUACAUCGCUGACAUGUUCACGACGUGUGUCGACAUCCGCUGGAGGUACAUGUUGUUGCUCUUCUCCCUUGCCUUUCUGGUGUCCUGGUUAUUAUUUGGGCUGAUUUUCUGGCUCAUUGCACUUGUCCAUGGAGACCUAGAAAACCCAGCCGGGGAUGACAACUUCAAGCCUUGUGUUCUUCAAGUGAACGGCUUUGUGGCUGCUUUUCUGUUCUCCAUUGAAACCCAAACGACGAUCGGCUAUGGAUUCCGCUGCGUGACAGAGGAGUGCCCGCUAGCCGUCUUCAUGGUGGUGGUGCAGUCCAUUGUGGGGUGUAUAAUCGACUCCUUCAUGAUUGGGGCAAUCAUGGCAAAGAUGGCCAGGCCCAAGAAAAGGGCCCAAACGUUACUUUUCAGCCAUAACGCUGUCGUGGCCAUGAGAGAUGGGAAGCUCUGCCUGAUGUGGAGAGUUGGGAACCUUCGAAAAAGCCACAUAGUGGAAGCCCACGUGAGAGCUCAGUUAAUUAAGCCUCGAAUCACUGAGGAGGGGGAGUAUAUCCCUCUCGAUCAAAUAGACAUUGACGUUGGGUUUGACAAAGGCUUGGACCGUAUUUUCUUGGUGUCGCCAAUCACUAUUCUUCAUGAAAUCAAUGAGGAAAGCCCGCUGUUUGGAAUUGGCCACCAGGACCUGGAAACAGAUGACUUUGAAAUUGUGGUGAUCCUUGAAGGGAUGGUAGAAGCCACAGCCAUGACGACACAAGCUCGGAGCUCCUACCUGGCUAGCGAGAUCCUGUGGGGCCACCGCUUUGAGCCCGUCCUGUUUGAGGAGAAAAACCAGUACAAAGUAGACUACUCGCACUUCCACAAAACCUACGAGGUGCCGUCAACCCCGCGAUGCAGUGCUAAGGACUUGGUGGAGAACAAAUUCCUGCUCCCUAGCACCAACUCCUUCUGCUACGAGAAUGAGCUUGCCUUCAUGAGCCGUGAUGAGGAGGAGGAGGAGGAAGAGGAUGAUGACAGCAGGGGUCUGGAUGACCUGAACCCGGACAACAGGCAUGAAUUUGACAGGCUUCAGGCCACGAUAGCACUGGAUCAGAGGUCAUAUAGAAGGGAGUCCGAAAUAUGA